AAAUGAACCAGAGCAAGGAGAAUCUGGAUAUCCAUAAGGAAAAUGAGAAGUCCAUGGGUAUUCAGAGGAUAUCUAAGGUCAAGAAUAAGAAUCCUGCUGCAAUUCAGAUUACAGCAGAACAGCUGCUGAGGGAAGCCCAAGCACAUCAGAACGAUGAUUCAGCGCCUUCGAUGCAGCCCAUUACAGAUCCUGAUGAUAUGGAUGAUUAUAAGUAUGCCCAGAGGAACGAUUUUGAGAAUAGCAUCCGUAGACAAGUCCAUCACAUUGGUAAUUGGAUGAAAUACGCUGAGUGGGAGGCUUCUCUUAAAGAAUUCAGACGAGCAAGAUCCAUCUAUGAACGUGCUUUAGAGGUUGACCACCAACAUGUCUCCUUAUGGCUCAGGUAUGCUGAAAUGGAGAUGAAGAACAAGUUCAUUAACCAUGCCAGAAAUAUCUGGGAGAGGGCAUGCAAGAUCUUGCCAGGAAUUGACCAAUUCUGGCUCAAAUAUGCCUACAUGGAAGAAGUCAUCUCCAAUUAUGAUAAAGUCAGGGAUAUCUUUGAGAGCUGGAUGACCUGGAAGCCAAAGGACACAGCUUGGAUGGCCUACCUAAAAUUUGAGGAAAGGAUGAAAAAUAUCGAAAAUUGUAGAAACAUCCUAGACCGAUUCAUUGAUUGUGAUUCUAAUAUUGGUGACCAAGAAGCUAUCGAUGCAGUGGCUAGAUACAUGAAAGCAGCCAAGUUUGAAGAACAGCAUAAUGACAGAGAAAGAGCCAGGCUAUUCUACGAGCGAGCAUUAGCUGAGCUAGGUGAGAAAGCUCUCACGGAGAGCUUCUUCCUUGCUUUCUGUAGAUUCGAGAUCAAAUGUAAAGAAUACGAGAGGGCUCGUGUCCUCUUCAAAUAUGCUCUUGACAGAAUUCCUAAAGGCAAAGCAGUCAGGUUAUACAAUGCCUUUGUUAAAUUUGAAAAACAGCAUGGAACCUAUGAAGAAAUGGAGGAUGUUAUCCUGAACAAAAGAAGGAACCAAUACCAAGAAGAGCUUGAGAAGGACUCUCACAAUUACGAUGUCUGGUUUGACUACACCAGGCUCGAAGAAGGAUCUGGUGAUAUUGAAAAGAUCAGGGAUACAUACGAAAAAGCUAUCUCUAAUGUCCCUCCAGGACAGGACAAGAAGUUCUGGAAGAGGUACAUCUUCCUUUGGAUUAAUUAUGCACUGUUUGAAGAAACAAAAGCUAAUGACACUGAAAGAGCAGAAAUGAUUUACGAAGAAGCCUUGAAAUUAAUCCCACACGAGGUCUUUAGUUUCAGUAAAUUAUGGAUUCUAUACGUUCAUUUCUUAGUCAGGCAGAUGAACUUGUCUAAAGCUCGUAAAGUAUUAGGACAGGCAAUUGGAAAAUGCCCUAAAAAGAAAAUCUUUGAGGCUUAUGUCGAGAUCGAAAACUCCAUCGCUGAUUUUGAUAGAUGCAGGAAGAUUUAUGAAAAGUGGAUCGAAGUUAAACCAGAAGAUUCAGAAGCAUGGAUUUCCUUUGCUAAUUUCGAAGCAUCCCUUGAGGAGUACGAUAGAGUCAGGUUUAUAUAUGGCCUUGCCACUCAAAGAGAUCUCGAUUACCCUGAGAAUGUAUGGAAAGCAUACAUAGAUUUUGAGAUUUCUCUCGAAGAUUUCGACAAAGCAAGGUCUUUGUUUAGAGAAUUACUAAACAAGACCAGCCAUGUGAAAGUCUGGGUUGGCUUUGCCAAGUUUGAACUAGAUAACGUACAGAAUUACCAGAACUCAAGCAAAGUCUUUGAAGAAGCUUACAACACUUUCAAGACAGAACAGCCAGAUAUGAAAGAAGAAAGGCUCAUGAUUCUUGAAGCUUGGAUUGAGAUGGAGAAGAAGCACGGCACACAAGAAAAUUACGAAAAGGUCAAGAAAAAGAUGCCUAAGAGAGUCAAGAAAAGAAGGAAGAUCAAGGUCAUUUACAACGAUCUCCAAGAGGAUGAUCAGAACAAAGAAGACGAAGGAGGCUGGGAAGAAUUCUAUGACUACAUCUUCCCAGAUGAUGAAGGGCAGAAGAAGAACCUCAAGAUCAUUGAGAUGGCUCAUAAGUGGAAAAUGGGGAAGAAAGAUGCUUAA